GCAACCAGCGAUCACCCAUAGCACUGGUGACUUAGAAAACGACCUGAAGGUUAAUCUUUCAUCAUGGCUCGCUACGUCGCAGCUAGUCUGCUCGUCCUUCUUGCUGCAGCUGCCGUUGUAAACGCAGGUAACAACGGCAACGGAAAAGGCAACGGGAACGGAAACAGCGGCUCUCAGACUCUCCCCGUCAAUACGGGCAAGGGCGGCUCGAAGAGAGGCCACCUGUGCGUCGAUGGCUGCGAUUACGAGAAGGGCUCCUUCGACUACUGGAAGAUCCCGGAGUACCAGGCGUGCAUGUCGAAGCCCAGCAAGGAUAGCGCGCCGUGGUGCGCGGCGGGCGCGGUGAACGCCAAGGACUGCUGCGACCGCUGCAAGCAGGCCACCACCACCAACAACGGGCAGCCCUUCAACUGCAAAUUCUGGGUGCACAUCCCAUCCUCGCCCAGUGAGGGCAAGUGCAACGGCAAGGAGUGCGGCAAGUGCCUGCUGCUGCCCAACCUCGACAGCCUCAUGCCCGUCGCGAGCGACAAGAAGGGCUGCGGCGGAAAGAAGGUGCGCAUCGGCAAGAACUGCGCCACCACGGAGAACGACCCGCACUUCCUGGGCGCGCAGGGCACGCACUUCGACUUCAACGGGCUGCCCGAGAAGAACUUCUGCCUGUACACGGACAAGCAGGUGCAUGUGAACAUGGGCAUGCGCGGGUACCUCGACUCGCGCUCCACGCAGAACGCCGCGCUCGUCGUCAACGGCUCCGCCGUGCGCACGUGGAUCCGCCAGCUCGCUGUCAUGUGGACCGAUAACAGCGCCGCCGCCGACUCCGACAACACCGUGGCCGCUAAGCCCGCCACCCACUCCCUGGUGCUCACCGCGCGCGACGGCAAGGAGCAGCUCCGCGGGGAGUCCGGCUUCCUGGCGUCCGCGGAGCUCGACGGCUCGCCUCUCCCCCGCCUGGCGCCUGGUGAGUCGCGCAGCCUGGCGGACGGCAAGCUGUCGCUGCAGUUCGUGGCGGAGGAGAAGGUGGGGCCGUACGACGUGGACCAUUACUACCUGCGCCUCGACGGGCUCCUUGAGCUGGACCUGAAGCUGAGGCCCGCGCACCCUCUUUUGCAAACACCUGAGGACGCCCAGGUGCACAUCAACCUGAUGUUCACGGACGCGAGUGCGAGCAGCAGCGUGCACGGCGUGAUGGGGCAGACGUACCGCGGCGGCAGGGAGGCGCGCACCAUGGAGUUCUCUCGCCUCUCCGCGCUGCUGCACCACCCAGUGUCCGCCGAUGGGGAGGAGGGCAGGGGAUUCCUGGACGGCCAGGUCGGCGACUAUGAGACGUCUGCCGUCACCGCUACCGACUGCCGCUUCUCCGCUUUCAAUGGCCAGCAGCUGCCCGUUGAUGCGUAGAUGGAAAUUCUGCUCGAUGGGGUCUUGUAAUCUGGGGUGGUUCCGUUUUACGUGUACAAUACUGUACUGUUAUGUGUAAUCAGUGGUAGGUUCUGAGGUUCUGAUGCCGCCUAUCUGUAAUUGGUUUGGAACGCCACUUAAUAUACACAUAUAUAGGUAAGUGUGUUAGAAUGUAAGAAUGAUUUACUAGUGUGGGAAACCUAGAACGU